AUGCCCCGGUUCGAGUCUUCUAGGAAGACAGUCUUUUUGAUGGAUCGAGUGGCCGAGACUCCGAGUCCGGUCCGGACUCCAUUUUUUUUUUCUCACGGCAUGAGAAUCCUGACCGCCUCAGGCCAGCAGCCCGACCGAAUCACCCCAGAAUCCAUAAUCUCAGGGUCUUUCAGCACCCUGAGACAAUGUACUGGCGUCAGCGCCAUGCUGACGGCCGACCGCUUGCCCGCCGGGCAGAUAUGCCAGGGUCGGGGCUGGUCGGUUUGCCCGGCAAACACCUCGCCGGGGUGCGGUCGAGCUGCAGUGGUGGUGUACAUCUUCUAUAUCAACUGUGGUCAGGCGGUCCAACUGAUCGGGGCCUCACCGGAAUGUCUAUACAAGCUGAGUCCGGGCGGGGUUGUCAAAAACCAUGCGAUUGCGGGGACGAUCCGGAGAGGAAAAAGCUUGGCGGAGGACGAAGUGUUGGCUCAGGAAUUGCUCGGCUCAAUCAAGGAUCGUGCCGAGCAUGUGAUGUUGGUCGAUCUUGCUAGGAAUGACGUCAAUCGCGUCUGUUGGCCUGAGACCGUUAAGGUCGAUAGCUUGAUGGCUGUAGAAAAAUUCAGUCAAGUCAUGCAUCUAACUAGUCAAGUCAGUGGUGUCUUGAGAGAAGGUCUCACGAGCGCUGCCGGCUAG